UCCUUCCCCUCAGCUACCAUUCCCAGCCUAGCUAUUGCAUGUAUUAGCUCGGUGACGCAGCAGCAAGCCACGAGCUACCUGAGCUGAUUUGGUAUACAUAUAUAUACACAACUGGAUGGAGACAGACCCGCCGUCGUGGUUCCAUGCGCAGACGGCGCCGACGGCGCGCGUGGACGGCAAGACGGUGCGGCUGUUCCAGUGCCUCUUCUGCGACAAGACGUUCCUCAAAUCGCAGGCGCUGGGCGGCCACCAGAACGCGCACCGCAAGGACCGCGUCGGCGGCUUCAGCGACCCCUACGGCGAUGGCUUAUUCGGAGGCGCCACCCGGUCCACCGGGGCGCCGUGGGAUUCUGCCUCCGGCCGGUCUAUGUGCGCUAACAUCGCUUCCCACCGGAGUGGCGCGCCGGCGUCGACAUCAGCAGCCGAUGCGUCCAGGUUGGAGAGGUGGGGCGGCAGGGCUCCACGCAUGGCGGAGCGCGCAAUUCUCCUGGGGUCAUCGGAAGCUCGAGACGGCGUGGUAAGGGCCUCCGAGGACAGCGACGCCGAUGAGACCCUUGACCUGGAGCUGCACCUCUAGCAAGCGUCGCGUACCUGCUAGUGCCAUCUUGCAAAGGGGCUGUCGUCCAUCAAUUUCAACACUGAGGCCGAAGAAAUUAAUCUGUGUCGGCGAUCGGAGUUGAUCAUAUAUACAGCGACGUCGGCUACUCUUUGUACAUUUGUGUGUCCUUGCAAUCGACAUACUACUGCUCCUAGUCCUAGCUCCUAGAUCUGUGGUUUCAUGCCUUACUAUAUUGGUAUAUGCGAACGGAAACCGUAUGUACUGUAAUAGGUACACUCGUACGGCAUGUAAAACCAGCUCGGUCGUACGUAAUACUCCACGAAUGAGUAUCACCUGUAGUGGUAGUACACUACAUGAAUGAGCCGCUGUUGCUUCCCCGUUCUCAA